AUGUUUGUCUCCUGUCUGUCCUCUAACCCUCUGUCCCGGCUCCAGGACAACCAGACCCCGCUCCACAUCUCCAGUCGUCUGGGGAAGCCUGACAUCGUGCUGUAUCUGCUGCAGAAUGGGGCGUGUCCUGACGCCACUACCACCUCUGGCUACACCCCCCUACACCUGGCUGCCAAAGAGGGACACAGAGACGUCUCCUCAGUCCUCCUUGACCAGGGGGCUUCUCCAGACAUCACUACCAAGAAAGGCUUCACUCCCCUCCAUGUUGCAGCUAAGUAUGGGAAGAUGGAAGUGGCCAACCUUCUGCUGCAGAGACACACUGCGCCCGAUGCAGCUGGGAAGAGUGGUCUAACUCCCCUACAUGUAGCUGCUCACUAUGACAACCAGAAAGUGGCUCUGCUGCUGCUGGACCAGGGAGCCACCGCAUGCUGCCAAGAAUGGGUACCCUCCUCUGUGGUGUAA